AUGACCACAAAUUUAGAAACAAACUACCCACCUUUAGAUUAUUAUUUAAACCCUAAUAAAAGCAUAACAUUUUCAUAUGAAAAAGAUAAUGAUUCCUUUCAACAAGGAAUACUUUGUGAAGACGCAAAAAGUUACUUAAUCGGCUAUUUACAUCUUAAUUAUCAAAAAUGUAAAAAAAUCAAACGGGUUAGCUUGCAUUUAAAAGGACUAGAAAAAACUUUAUGGAUUAAGGCGGAAUCAAUAAAACCCUGUGGAGGAGAGCGUGUACUUGUUGAUACGACUCAUGUAAUUUUUCAACCAGGAACGGACGUUUUAAUUGAUCAAUUAAAGGUUCGAUUUAAAAUAAAUUUACCCGAUAAUCUUCCAGGAACAAUCGAGACAAGAUUUGGAUCCGUAAGUUAUAAUUUACGCGCUAUCGUAACCAGGAAGAGCGGAUUAUUUCAUUCUAAAGAUGAUAUAGUUGAAAUCAAGUGCCCACUUAAAACUACCAUAACUUUGAAUUAUACAAAUGUUUCUCCUCAUAAAAUCGAAGGUACACAAAAUGGUUUGGUUUAUGUAUUCGAUUUACCACCAAAAAAAUAUUUUCAACUUGGAACUUCUGUUUCGAUACCAAUGAAUAUUUAUUUAUUAGAAUCAAACGUUAUGAUCAGGAAAGUUGAAAUUUCCUUGAAAAGUUGCAUGAAUUUUUAUUGUGACCAAUCGAAUGAAGGUUUUGAUAAGGAAGAACAA